AUGCCACUAUAUCCUAAUCUUGAUGAUGAGCUCGUUCUGGUGGAGUCAAACGUAAGGUCAAUGAGGGAUACAAUGCAUUAUGCUGACAGUACCGAAAGCACUGAAAAUUCUAAUUCACAAUCACAACCCUUCUCCAAAUUGAAGUCCAUGGUAAUUGAGCGUAUUGACCAAUCUCCACCGAAGAGAUGGCUUAAAAACUUCAUUUCACUUAAGGAACUUCACAUUCGAGAUUGUUUCCAUUUGAAGUCUCUACCUGAAGGUUUCCGGUCUUUGAGUUCACUCGAAACACUCACUAUUGAAAGAUGUCAACAACUUGAUCUUGAGUCCUCCCCAAAUGAGUGGGAGGGUCUGAUAAACCUUCGUUCUCUUACAUUAAGGAGUAUUCCAAAUCUCAAGUCCCUUCCUCAGGGAUUCGAGAUUGUGAACUCUUUACAAGUCUUAAGGCUUUAUGAUUGCCAGGGUUUAACUUCUCUCCCGGAAAGCAUAUGCAACUUCGCUUCACUUGAAAAACUGGUUCUUUCGGAAUGCAGAAAGUUAGAUUCUCUGCCCAAAGGAAUGGAAACGCUACAGUCUCUAAAGACUUUGAUUAUUAGGGACUGCCCGUUGUUAUUGCCAAGGUGUCAACCAGACACGGGUGAUGAUUGGCCUCAGAUUAAGCAUAUCAAAAAUAUUAUACAUGCCAAGGAAACUUCUUAA